AAGAAACGGUUUUCUGACAGACGGGAGAGCUGGCCAUGGUUUCCUUUAUUUUUGCGGCGCGGCGAUGAAGCUUGGGGAAAGGCGCCGGACGUGAAUGCUGGCGCCACACUUGGACCCAGAGAAGUUGGAAGCGCUUUCCAACGCUCUACCAGUGGCGCUGAAGCAAUGCCCACGUCCGCCCGAUCUACCAGACGCGGAGGGAAAGCUCUUGCCGCCCUCGCGGCAGCAGCAGCUGGCGGAUGAAGCCGUCCUGGCGGAUGCUCGAAAGGACAAAAAGCAGCUUGCCAAGCGAGAAGCAGUUUCCAAGAUCUUCUUUGCCGGUGGAAACCCCGAUGAGGCCAUCCCCUUGUGGCGGGUGACUGAGAACUGCCAAGAGCGCUUCUUCAAGUGUCAGAAGGACUUUAUCGAUGUGGCUCCCACUCUGAAGUUCGUGAUGCAACAUGCACGUCAAUUGCAUCCUCAGGCACAUGUGGCACACUGGGGAGCUGACACCAAGUUGUGGCACCAAGAGACGAAUCUUCUUGUGCAACAUUUGAAGGCUUUGAUCGACUUGGUCCGCGCGCUGCGCCCGGAAAAGCUUGGCCUCGAUGAUGACAUGGAUUCCGACAGUCUGGCUGACAGCGAUUCCGAAGAGGAUGAAGCAGCCGCACAGAUCAAGGCAAAAGAGAAGGAGGAGAAGGAAAAGGCAGAAGCAGAGGAAAUCUGGUUUCCUCCAAGCGAGCUAGAUAUCGACGAUUUCAAAGAAGCUCACCAACGGCUCCAGAAGUACGGCUUCCCGAUCGCCGAUCCGGACACCGUCUACGAGCAGAUUGCGAAGGUCGCCGGCAGCAAAGAAGGUUCCAAAGCCAAGCCUUCGAGCCCUAAAGGGGACAAGGCAGACAAGAGGAAAAGCAAGAUUCGCAAGGUGUUGCCCUUGGCCGUUUUGGCCAAUUGGUGUGCGCACAAGGGUCACCCUCGACCGAAGGAAGAGGAAGAGGAGAAGGUGGAGGAGAAGCCUAGAACCUUGUGGGAUGAGGCAUUGGCUGUGAGGGGACAUCCGGACCAUUUGUGGGCGGCCAACAAUGAGAACGCCUUGGUGGAAUGCAUGUCGGCGGAUGAGCCAGACGUAGAGCUUGUGAAGCAGCUCUUGAGCAAGCCGAAAGUGAGCGUGGAAGCGAAAGAGCCCACCUUCGGCUUCACGCCCAUCCACUUUGCCGCCAGGUUGGGCAGUAUCCCACUGGCCGCGCUGAUCUUGGAUCGAAAUCCCGAAUUCGUGCCGGACAAGAUGGGAAACACCCCACUUCACCUGGCGGCGAAAGGCGGCUUUAAUGAGUUUGCCAAGCUGUUGCUCCCUCGCAAGGCGAGCCUCGAUGCGAAGAACAAGAAUGGCUGGACGCCGCUGACUUGGGCCUGCUCAGGGGGUCAUGCAGCGGUGGCAACCACCUUGAUCGCGGCCAAAGCCACCGUGGGCGUGCAAGACGUGGAUGGGCGAACCGAGGCCAUGUGGGCCGCGAAGCACGGUCAUUCAGAAGCGCUGGCUGUCUUGUUGGACAAAGGCUUCGAUUUGAACAUCUCCGACAAGUUCGGCCUGGCCGUCGCAGACCAUGCGCAAGACCACCUGCACCUUCGCUUGGCGCUACUUGAGGCGGAGCAGCGGAACCAAGCGCUGCUGAAGGCCGCGCAGCGUGGCAGCAAAGAUGGAGUCUUGCAGGCCCUGGAAGAAGGAGCCUAUGUGGAUGCCAGAGACGACCAGGGUUGGACUGCCUUGGUUUGGUCAAUGAUGGGCUGCUGUGUAGAUCUCGGUGGUCGCCGUAUCAUUAAAAAAGCCGAUCCCGUCGUCUUGAACGAGUGCUCCGAGGUGCUGGACCACCUGCACCUCCAGGGUGACCAAGUCCGACGGGCCUUGGAAGCGGCGCUGGCUGGAGGACUAGGAGCUGGUGAAAGGCUGUUGGCUGCAGCACGGAUCAACAACUUUCAGGUGGUCAAGGCGGAGCUGGAUGUUGGAGCUCAAGUCAAUAGCCAGACCACUGAGCAGCUCUUUACAAGCUUGAUCUUUGCGGCAGCUCAUUGCAACUACCAGGGAGCCGUGAUGCUCAUCGGUCGCAAAGCCAACGUGCACCUCACCGACCUCACAGGUUGGUCUGCCUUGCACUACGCCGUCCAGUCAGGCAGCUUGGAGAUGGUCUCCAUGCUUUCCGCGGCCAAAGCCAACUUGGCUCAGCCAACCUUCGACGGCACCACCACCAUGCACCUCGCGGCUCGGUCUGGGCUCGGUUCCAUGGUGCAGCUUCUCUAUGCUGGCAAGGUGGAGCUGAACACCAACAACUCCAAGAGCUCUUGUCCAGUCCAAGAAGCGGCGAGGUGGGGAUGUGCCGAGUCACUGCAGGUCCUUUUGGCCUAUCGUGCCAAUCCGCGAGUGAAAGACAGCAAGGGUCGCUCCUUGCUAGCCAUCUCGGUGGCGGCGGGCCGGAACGAGGCGGCGAGCGCACUGCUGCGGCCCUUGCCGAAUCCUGCGCCGCUGGUGCCGCCUGAGAACGAGCGAGCCAUCGUCACCGCAAAGGGGAAUGCAACACACGACAGCAAAGAGCUGCUGGCGAAAGGCAUUUUGCUGCGAAGAAGGUAUUUGCAAGCAAUGGCAGAGCGGGCUCAACGAGCCAGGAAGAAGGAAGAAGAGGCCCUGAAGGCUGAGAGGGAAGCUGCCGAGAAGGCUGCUCUUCAAGCAGAGCUCGAGCGCGCCGUUCGCGAGGAUGAGAAGCGCAAGGCUCAGAGGAAGGGUAAAGGCAAGCCCAGCGACCUCCCGGGCCCUCCGGUCCCUCCGGGCCCGGUGACGGACCGUGCCGAGACGGCCCCGCGCGAGAGCUCCAAAGCCGCCAGCAAGUCUUCGGAGGUGUGGAAAAAGGUGUAGGUCUGGCGUGCUGUGCAAGAUGCUCAAGGCCACUUGCAGGUGGCCAUCGCCGGAGGUCCCGAACGCUUCACGGCUGCUGAUGCCAAAGGCCGGCUGCCGGUGCAUGUGGCUGCGCUCUCCCGGCGCUUAGAUACCAUGAGCCUUUUGUUGGACUUGGAGGCCGAUGUGAACGCCUGUGACUCGGAGGGCAACACGCCACUGCAGCUCGUGGCCCGAACGGAUGAUCGCUGGAUGGUGGAAGUGCUUCUGACCUAUGGCGCAGAUCCAGAGCUCACCAACUCCAAGGGAGAGACAUGCUUCGCCUUUGCCAGUCAAGUGAUGAAAGAUUACAUCAACAAAUGGGUGCAGCAGAAGAGAUUUCGUGGACUGGUAGAGUUCCCCUUACCUCCCAGUCCUUUGCAUGCACUCUAUCGUGUCAGGGUGGAUUGUAUACCCAUGCUAAUGUACCAGGAGGAACUUGAAGAACAGGUUCUAAGCUUCUUUGCCAAGUUGGAGUUUGAAAAGCCCCUUCGCGUGAUUGUGCCGCGGAACCCCAUCCACGGCUGGCCUUUGGGCUUUUGUUACGCUGACUAUGCUGAGAAGCAGCACGCCCUCGACAUUUGCAAAGCGGCGAAGGUUGAGGGCAUUUUCAUGCAGCGCCGCCGGCUGAAUUUGACCAAUCAAGGCGCGCACUACCAGUACAAAGAGAACAAUGAGAAUCAGCUUGAUCAGACCCAGGCUAAUAAGGCCUAGGCCCGUAGGACAUGAACCAAAAAAGACGCUGAGGAGAUCCUUCUGCAAAGCCACGGGUGCAGUGUUAAAAGUUGAUAUCGCAAAUCAGAUGGCAAUUUUGAUGCAAUAAAUUGCACCAUCAAAAAAGGUAGUAUGUACCCUAUCAAUAACUGCUGUUUUGCUAGAAGUGCCACCAAUCACGAAGGCUCAGCAGAAAGAGAGAGGGAC